GAGAGGAGCGGCUUUCUCGUGAUUUCACAAAUCACGCUUCCGGGACCCACGCGAGAAUCUCGUCCGCGAAAUGGCCGGGGGAGCCUUCGAUGUGCCGGUGCUGACGUUCUAUUGUUAAUUCUUUUCUUGUAAACGUCGGAGAAAAUAAUGAUUUGUCGGCCAGAUGGAUGUAUUGGGCCCAGCUACUGUGGUGGUGUUUAUCGGCGGACGGUUCCCGUGCAGGUAUGAUGUGUGCUGCAGUUCUCCUGGCGCAUUCCCGGGCUUGCCGGCGCUCUGUCGGGAGGCGGCCCGCGCAGAGCAGACACCAGAACAGACCGGGCUCCUGAUGCCGGCCGCCCCUGGCUCCCAGGACCGACCCAUUCCAAAAGGACGCUGCUGUGCUGUCAUUUCAUAAGCUUUUCGACGCCGUGUUGGAUUAAAAAGUGCAACGAAAAUGCCGCGUAUGGUGAGGAUAAGGAAACGGGACGACAAGACCCCACAGACCCAACAACAACAACAACAACAGGCCCAAGAACAGUCCACCGCCAAACGACGAGACACCAAGAAGGAAACUAAACCCUCCAAGAAAACCAGCACUGGCAGUAGGCCCCGAAACUACCCCGAUCUCAACUCUCUGCCUGCGUGGUGUAGUCGCCAUGGCCUCCCCGACGUAGUGAGCCCCAGCAUGAGUAAGCAGGCCCAAGGGGACAAGAAGCUAAAGUCACCGGAAAUUGCCCCAGUGUCGUCUGUAAGUGGAAACGCAAAGGCACCUGCAAAACCGACCGCAAAGGCCACAGGGAAGGGAAAGGUACCUCCUACGCAAGCGCACGGUGCCAACAAGGGUAAAAAGGCGGGAGAUUUCAAACGAGGGGACAAUAAAGAAAGCGAAGGACGAGGCAGUCGUGUGACAACUCCUGAGAAGGUCAUCACGAAAGGAAAUGGCGCUCCUUGUCAGAUGGUGGCGCCCGGUAAAAGCAGUCAUGGCGGAAAUAAGCACCCGGGGUCAUCUCAGAAGGCCGGGAAGACAAUAGACAGGAACAAUAUCGUGUCGGACAAGGACGGAAAAGUGAAGAACUCUUCCCCACUGAGGUGUGUUGAAGGCGACUCUGCCCGAGACUCACCCUCUCGGACGUCGACUGCAAAGAGUGUAGUGGGUCUGGUCAGCAGUGCGCCCGCCCCCGAGCGACACAAGACUUUCAGCCCGUGGAAAUCGCGCGUUGGUGACAGCGUGCUCACGGACAUUACCACGGGGAACAACGCGCAGGUGUGUGGCCAGGUGAUCGCCAACCCGCAGGUGUGCGGGGGACAGGUGUUCGGAGAAAAAAUCACGACUGUUGCUCUUGUUUCAGCGAGCUACUCUGGACAAGAGACUCUUGGAAGGAGCCAUGUUGGAAGGGCCCCGGAUGUGCAAUCUGCGGUAGCUGCUGGCAUAAGGAACGGGCCACUCGCCGACCCACUAGGGGAAGGGACAGGAAUUCUAAGCGGGGAGUACAGGCUAUCGGACUGUUCAGAAGGAGUGCUGAGCGGGGAUUACAGGUCUAUUACAGAUUCUGGUUUUAUUUCGCGAUCUUACGGAAGCACUUCGUCCACUACGACUGCAGUAGUUAGCUCUCUUUCACGCGCUUGCGCCAAGACCGUCGCCAAUACCAUGCCAGGAGAGAAUCAUGCACCAAAAAGCUCUGGUACAUCAAGUAGCGCUUCAGACGCCGGGAAAACCGCAACCACUUCGGAGUCGGAGCAAUCCCAGUCAAGUAACGGCUCCAAACAAGCGGCUACUGUCAACAGAACUGAAACCACGCAGAAGGAGCCCGACCAGACGCAACCAGGCCCGGAUUCAGCCGCACCGGAAGGAGAAAUAGCCGGAAAUGGAACUGCCUCCCUUUCCGAAUCCACCAUCAGUGAACCCUCGAUCUCUAUAAGCGACAGACAAAAUCCUACUUCUACUCAAGCCCCCGUGACCAUGGGUGUGGAGACGACAGUGGUGACAGGGACGGGCGUGUCUCCACAAGGCAGCACCCUCUCCCUGCCCGUAGCAACCUCUUCUUGCCCUACGGGAGCUAGCAACGGAUCCGUGGCCAGUUCAGACAUCACCGUCUCCACUGCCAUGGCUUCCACCAGCGACACCAGCUCGUCGGUCGGGAGCACGUCAACGGCGCCACCUGGCGCGGCGGUGGGGAACAACAAGUCCAAGACCAAGCUGGAAUGGAGAAGGCGGAUGCAUUCCUCUCCCAUAGAGCGCUCGGUGGAGAACCCGCCACCUUCUCCCAGGUUCGCCUUCUCCUUCGACGUGCCACAGCCCAAAACCUCAGGCCAAGCGGAGAAGCAAGGGCAGACCCGGGCGGACCUGUUAAGCAGCGUCAGCGAGGACUUCCUCAUCUGCCAGAUCUGCUUCGAGGAGUACUCCAAGCCCAAGCUGCUGCCCUGCCUACACUUCUUCUGCGAGAGGUGCCUGGUGAGGUACGUGGCCGACCGCUCGCACAAGUUCGAGUGCCCGACGUGCGGCCAGGAGACGUGUCUGACCGAGAGGGGCGUGGCCAGGCUGAAGGAUAACUUCUUUAUUUCCAAUCUGUGCGACACUCUGUCUAUGCAACGCGGGAGGGUCAAGGAGAAAAAGGUGUCGUGUGCAAUCUGCUCUGACGAAGACGCGGAGGCGACGUCACGGUGCUUGGAAUGCGCGGACUUCCUGUGCCCGGACUGCGCAACCUCUCACUGUCGCACGAGAUUCACGCGUGGGCAUCACGUGGUCACUCUGGAAGACCUGCAGUCGGGCAGAUUCGAGGAGCAGCUUCGCUCCAAACAGGAGGUGUACUGCGACAUGCACCAGGGCGAGGUGGUGCGUUUUUACUGCGAAUCGUGCGAUAACCCCGUCUGCCGAGACUGCGUGGUGGUUGAACACAAAGAUCAUAAACACGCCGACAUUAAAGACGUAGUGGGCAAGAGCCGACUCCUAUUGGAGGGUCUCCUGAAAUCUACCAGGCAAAAAAUCCCCGAGUUUGAGUUCGCGCUUGCAGAGGUGCACCAAGUGCAGGAGAUGAAGAAGUCGGAGAGAGAUAGAGUAGAAAUCGACAUCAAGCAGAGAGCGAAGGAGCUGAUCGCGCUGAUUCAGCAACAGGAGCAAAGUCUGUUGUCGGAGCUGCACUUCAUGUAUUCCAGAGAGCAAAAGGACCUCGCCACCGAAGAAAGUUUUUUAGAGAAGAGUCUGAACAGUUUAAAAAGUAGCGUUAACUUUACAGAAAAAGUUCUCAAGUACGGGAACAACGAGGAAGUUCUGUCUGUCAAAAAGGAGAUGGCGGAUCGGUUAUACAGGUUAUCUCAGCGAGAACCCGAGCGCAAGAUGUCAGACAGACUCUCCUCCAACCACUUAGUCUUCAUAAGCACGCCUGGGGACACCCGGAGCAUCUUGAUGAAGGUGGGCUACAUCAAGAACCAGGUUCCGACCAGCGCCAUCCCCUACUACAAGUACUGCUUGAAGCCGGGGCCGGGCCAGAGCAAAAGCGCGCGACUGUUGCACCAGUUCGGCCGCAGGGGCAGUGGGGACGGCGAGUUUAACGGGCCCUACAGGGUAGCGGUGACCGCCGAGGGGCACGUGGUGGUCGGAGACCGCAACAACAGGCGGAUCCAGAUCUUCGACACGGAGGGGCGAAUGAAGAGCAAGUUCCCGGCGGGGUCCUACUCCAAAGUCGCCGUCAUGCACGACGGAAACCUUGCGGUGACCGAUUCCGAGGGCAAUAUCCGGCUGUGUGCGCAGGACGGCUCGGUCAUCAACGAGUUCAAACCCCCGGUGACGAGCUGUUACUCCGGCAUCGCGGUGGACAAGCUGGGCCGCAUCAUCGUUACCGACGCCAUUAACCACAGCGUCUGCAUCUUCGAGCCGGACGGCACUCAGAUCCACCAGUUCGGCACCAAGGGCUCCGCCGACGACGAGUUCAAGGCUCCUUCUUACGUCACGGUCAACAGCAAGAGUCACAUCAUCGUGUCGGACACGCGCAACCACUGCAUCAAGAUCUUCGACCAAGACGGGAAGUUUCUGAACAAGCUGGGCUCGCUUGGCACCGGAGACGGCCACUUCGACUACCCCGCGGGCGUGUGCGUGGACAGCAAGGACAACAUCAUCGUGUCCGACUACGGAAACAAGCGCGUCGAGCUCUUCCAGAAUGACCUGAAGUUUCUCCGCCACAUCGCUUCCGUGGAGGAUGGCCUCUUACACCCGGAAGCAGUUGCUGUAACCCCGGACGGAUUUCUCGUCCUAACGGACACGGGGACAAACGAUAUAAAGAUAUUCAUGUACUAGAGCACGGGAAAGUAUUUGGCACCAUAUGCAAGCUUAACUAUGUGAUGUACAUAUUACCUCAACAUAUGCAAAAACAAACUUAACUACCGUGA